AUGGAGGACGAGGAUGGCUACAUGACCUUAGAGAAGCGGGGGACUGUGGGGAGACCAGCUCAGCUCCGGAGUGCAGUUCUCCACCAGUGGUUGGAGAACCCCGGAAGCUGCAGGAACAUGAUUGGGAAUGUGAGCAGGGACAUCAGAGAUGGUGACGCCACCCUGAAGAAAGUCUACUCAGAGCUGAGGGAAGUUUUCUGCUCAUCAAAGCCACAAGAGGACGAGGGGUGCACCCUCUGCCCCAUGAACUGGAUGUCACAUGGGACCAAGUGCUAUCGGGUUUCCCAUGAACUCAGCCAUUGGAAUUCCAGCCGGGAGGACUGUGUGAAUCAGGGUGGCGAGCUGAUGAUGCCAGAGGACCAGGAGGAGCUGGAUUUCAUAAAUAGAACCCUCCAAACACCCACCCGUUACUUCUGGAUUGGCCUCUUCUUUGAGAAGGGCUGGACCUGGGUCAAUGGCUCCCGCCUGGACCCGAGCCGAUUCCAGCUGAACCCCCGGGCUGAAGGCGGAUCCUGCGGGGCCAUCAGGGAGGGCAGGAUCAGCACCGUCAACUGCAGCUCGACCUUCCAGUGGAUCUGCCAGAAAGAAGCCACCCAGCUCUGA